AUGAAACAUUUAUUGGGUUCCAAGAAAGGUGACAAAGUUAAGAAGCUUGAUCAAGUGAAAAAUUAUCUUUCAAAAUAUGGUUAUUUUGGUCCCUCCAAGGAUGGUUGUUUCCAAACGAGUAGUUCCACAUCGAACGACUCUAAUAUUUUGGAUCACGCCAUGGAGAAAGCAAUUAAAAAAUUUCAACAGUUUUUUCAUCUCAAUGUUUCGGGGAUUUUAGACGAGAAAACUUUGUCACUAAUGGUUAAACCUCGGUGCGGCUUCCCUGAUUUGGUUAAUGGAUGUCUCAUCAAACACGGGGUGAAGUUAGUUCGGGAUCCUUAUAAAAGUGGUUUGUUCUACAUGUAUGGAAAACGAAGGUGGUCGAAACUCCGACUAUCCUGGUAUUUAGCAGCCGGAAUGCGAUCAGACGCUAUUAAUCCAAUUACUUAUGCGUUUAACAGUUGGCAAAAGGUCACGAAGUUCAAUUUUAUAAGGAGUGCUUAUAGAAAUACAGAUAUUCAAAUAAGUUUCACUAGUUACCUUAGUGAGGAUUAUUACCCAUUUCUGCAGCACUCAGGAAUAGUGGCUUACGCACAACUUCCCCCUAGCGGAAAGCUCCAUUUCAGGGCAGACGUUCCUUGGUCGAACGGAACAAGGCCUUGGGAAAUGGACAUUGAAACAGUUGCGUUGCAUGAGCUUGGACACGUUCUUGGUCUUAUGCAUAGUAGGGAUCCUUCUGCCGUAAUGUGGGCAUAUACAAGACCAGGGUUUAUCAGAAGAAAAUUACAAGAUGAUGAUAUCUACGCAAUUAACGCAUUGUACAACAACUUUCGUUACUAG